AUGAAACUUGCGAAAUUUUUCAUUGCCACUUCCGUCAACGCUGCUGUCACUCGACGAGAGACUUCAGAGGAUUGUGUCCAGACCGCUCAAGGAUGUAUGUCCAAAUCAAUGACUCUUGGAGAACUUGAUCCCCUUCUCCUCGCCCUCCUCCUUGGAGACAACACCGACUCUUCCCUCCCACUUCUUGCCGCCACUGGUGCGCUCGGAGGAGACUCUAACAGUGCCCUUCCAAUUCUCGCCGCUACUGGUGCUCUCGGCGACAACAACGAUGCUCUUCCAGUCCUUGCCGCCACAGGUGCUCUCGGCAAGAUGGGCCCCGUCGCCACCGUCGCUCUCGCAGGUGACGAUGACAUGAAAGCUGCUCUUCCAGCGGCUAUGAUGGCCCAGAACGCCGCUAACGGAGGUAGCGUUGCUGAAAGUUUGAUCACUGCUACCGUCCUCGGCGCUGACGAUAUGGAGAGCAACCUUAAUGCUGCUGCCAUUCACUCCCAGAAAGAUGCUCCAGACAGCGGUCUUGCCACUGCUGCCCUUCUUUCUUCUACCGGAAAUGACGGUCUUGGAAACCUCGCUCCACUCGCCCUCAUGAACGGUGGACUCGAUACUAACACUCUCCUUACCGCCAAGGCCCUCCAGGACCCAAAUGCUGAAGGCAACAGCAACAACCUUCCACUUUUCCUUGCCGCUGGAGCAUCUGGAAACAACCUUCUCACCGCUGCUGCCCUUACCGGUGGUGAAAUCAGCGCUCCUCUCUUCUUGGCCGCUCAAUCCAACAACCCCGCAGCUGCUGGUAUCGCUCUCGCUACUGCCGAUAACGUCACUCCAGCUAUGUCUGCGCUCGUUGCUGGUGCUGAGCCCGCCAAGGUCAUGGCUGCCACUGGCCAGAUUAGCAACGACAACCUCGCCCUCGUCGCUGCCAACGAAGCCGGUGUCAACCCAUUCAACUACCACUUGAUCAACUCGAAGCUCGAAGAUCCCGCCACAUCUCUCCUUGCUUCAAAGACCAACGAUCCACUUGCCACCUUUGCCUUGACGCAGAACCCAACUCUCUCUAUGUUGACUGCUGCCAACAACGGCCAGGACGUCUCUGCUCUCCUUCCUGCUCUCUUGAUCAACAAGAACGGAGACACCUCCAACAAAAUCAGCGAUGCUUCUCUCGCUCUCAUGGCCGGCACCAACGGUGGUGUCAACCCAGCUGCUCUCCUCCUUGCUGGCAACGCUGCCGAUAGCCAGGCCGGCAAGUACAUGCAGAUCGCUAUCCAGGGCCAGGCUGGCAACAUCACUCCUCUCCAGGCUGCUCACAUCUCCCAGAAGCCAGUUGAAGAAAUCACCGAUGCUCUCAUCGCCGCCAACAUCAAGGACCCCGCCACUUCUUUCCACGCUUCUGGUGGUGAUGUCGAUGCCAUUCGACUCCGAGAAGGACCUGAAUACAUCCGAAACAACCCAGGUCUCGCCAACGCUGCCGUCACCGCCGCUGCCGCCGAGAACAAGCCCUUCAAGGGUCUCUUCCACACUGGUUCCCCAGCUGGUUUCCUCGCCGCCAAGGACCAGAAGCCAGGUCUUGCUUGGGGUGCUGCUUCCACUGGCAACCCACUUCUCACUUACGCUUUGACCGACAACCCACUUCUCGCCAUGAUGGCUGGUCAACAAGGCAACGUCCUUCCAAAAGAGCCAGUUAAGGUCGACCCAGCCACCGGAAUCAUCGCCGGCAACGCUUCUCCAUCUCUUGGCUUCGCUCUCACCGGCGACUCCAACUAUUUGAUGAUGGACAAGCUCAUCAGCAACACCAACCCUGAUUCCUUGAACCUCGCCCUUGUCAACGCUUACAACCACCCAACACCAUCUCAGCAGGAUCUCUGGUACGGCUCCAUCGCCAGCUCCCCACAGACCGCCUAUGCUUUGACUGGCAACCCAAUCAUCGCCAACAUGGUCAACCGACCAGACACCAAGGAAACCCUCACCAACUUGGCCGUUGCUCAGCAAAUCGCGGACCCAUGGACCGCAUACGCCAUCAACAAGGACCCCAAGAUGCUUUUCGCCAACUCGCUCGGCGGAAACCCACUCGUCAACAUCGCCGCCUUGAACAGCGACAAGCCACUUUUGAGCUACGCCCUCACCGGCAACAACCCACAGGCCCUCUUCUACAGCAGUCUUUUUGGAGAUAACUAA